AGAAAAAUGAUUUAACGUAGUAGAUAUGUAGUUAUAUUACUUCCCUAGUGCCUUGCCAAUGUUAUGACGUCAUCGUCGAUGUCAUCAGCCGAACUUCUGUUCCAAUCACUGCAUAAAUUCAAAAAUUAUAUCAGCCAAUCAGAAUUGCCGCCUGACUCUCAAGACACCGAUGAAGCGUUUGAAUCAAUUUGUAAAGAAGUUAGACUGCAUUUCAGAGACACGAUUACGGAACAUCUGCAGAAUAAUGGACACAUAUACUUGAACUUAUCAGACGCCGAGUCCAUUUUGGAAUUGAUUGAAGUCGUAGUAUCCGAAUAUAAUCAAGUUUUUACUUCGAGCUUCACUUCCAAAAAUGAACAAAAUACAGACCCUUUUCAAGCGACAGAAGUUGAAGAACUGUCAACGCCAAGAUCCAAAAAACCGAAACUCGAUCUAAAGCGAGACGAAUCCUUAGCUACCCUAAAAUAUUUCUUCUUUUGCUGUUAUAACAUUGUUUCUGAACCUUUGCUUGCUGAAAUCUUGUAUCCUAAAUGUGUGAAAAUAUGCGAAAAAUGUUUGGGCUCUUUAGCAAAUCGAGAUGAAACUUUGCUCGCAGAAGUUGUAGAAGAAAUUUUAAGAUUCUGCCAAGAAGUUUCGUCGGCGUUUCCAUUGUUCAAUACGUGGAAUGGUAUUCGGAACAGUCUGGAUUAUGAAAUAGAAUUUAAAUCUUUUGACUGUAGCGACGAGUUUGUGGGAUGCAAAGUAAAUGUUCAAUUUCAGAUUUGCCUCGACAAUUUUCUGAAAUUUUCAUUCCAAAUUCUGACGCUCGUGUGGCGAUCAAAUGUCGAACUCUUGCCUAGCAGGAUUGAAAAAUUGCUUGAUUUAUUUCGUAAUUGUCUAUUCAAUUCAAAUGAUGAAACGAAAGAAGUAAUCAUCGAAAAUUUGGUCCAGUUUGUUGAAAAUUUUAAGCAGAUUAAGUUGAUAUCCCAAAACAAGUUGCUAUCAUUUAUUUCCGACAUCGCUCAAUUUGGAAUUUUCCUGGCCCAAUCAAAUUACCCACCUGUGAGAAAUCUCAUGAAAUGUUUGGUUUCCUUAGCUUCAAAAUUUUUUGAAAGCAAUUCCUUGCCUUCAGAAACAAAGCAAUUUGACGAGCUCGCCAUCAGUAUCGUUCAAAAAGCAUUAGGUCAAAGUGAAGAAUUUUCACUUAUUUUCAAUCGCAUUGGUGAUAUGUUGAAUGAAUUGCUUACGAUAGUUUAUUUUCAAAAGUUUGACUCUGAAAUUGAUAAUUUUACAUAUGGCACUGAGGCCUUGAAAGCAGAAUUGCAGUUGAAAAUCCAAAUCAAAAGAAUUGAAUUUCACAAUGUAGUGACUAGCGUUGCUAAGUUCGAGCAAAAAAGUGAUUCUAAGAUAGCACAAUCAUUAUUUGAAUCAAGUAAAUCUCAGUUUAUUGCAAUCGUUUACACUUUUUUGAAAUUUAAGCGUGAAAAUUCAAGUAAUUCGACCGUUAUUUCAAUGAAAGAAAUUCUUGAAGAUACUUUGAUGCAAAUCGACCUAAAGUUUAACUCAACAAGUUCAAAUGAUUCGGAUUGUGUAUCUUUAUUACGAACAGUUCGUACAAUACUUCAUACAAUUGCCUUUUUGGGACUCAAAUCUUCAACUUAUCUUGAAGUUUUAUCAGCUGAACUGCUUUUCGACUGUGCCUCAGUUGUCAAAAAGUUAGUCUUCAAGUCUAAUUUGACGAUCCAAGAACUGACUUGUGGCCUGGAGGUUUUGCAGAGGUUUUUACUUUUGACUUUUUCUCUUAAACUAGAGGAGAAUUUGUUGCUGGACGUAGCUUGGAUAUCAUCCCUAGCUUUUCCUUGGUUCGAUUUGAAGCUAGAUUGGAAAGAACUAGAAGUCUUUAAAAAGCAGAAAAAGCACAUAUCCGUUUAUACUCGAGCAAAAGAGUUAGUUUCUUCGACUGAUAUAGAGAAUUGCCAAAAAUUGAUUGAUUUAUCUGGGGCAAUUACAUCACUUAUGUUUCAGCACUUUGGCACCAAGACUGUUUCUGCAUGUUUGCUGGUGAAUUUGAAAAAUCUUUUUCAAAUUUCGUCCUCGAAAAAUGUUCUCAUGUCGAGUAUACCACCCAUUAUAUGGGUGCUUAUGAAAAGUGAAGCUAAGAUUGCUGAAAGAAUUCUCAUAACGCAAUUUUUGAAUUUAGAAACCUCUUCUUCGGCUUUGAAUCAUUUGAAGCAACUAGUUUACGCCUUGACGUACUACAAUUUAACCGCAAAAUACAGCGAAGAAACAUAUUUUCUAGAUAUUGAUCCAUUUUUGAUUCAAUUGCGAAUUUUUAUCAAGCCGGCUAUAAACUUCAAUUUAGAUAUUAAAUCUUGUGAUGAUACCAUUUGGCAAAGUUUUAUACUUCCGUUAUUGAACAAGUUGAAACGAAGCGAAAAUUGUUCGAAUGAUGACAUGUUAAGUUUUUUGCUCGAAGUAAUACCAAUUUCUCCAAACUUUGAAGAUCUCUUACCAUGCUUUCUGUCAGACUUAUUUCGCUCGAAGACCGCAAAUGACUCCGCUUUGAAGGCACUGAAUUUAAUGAUACAGUAUGAGUGCAAUCAAAUUCGACAUUCGGAAAAAUUUUGGGGCGAUUUGAUUAAAUUUUUCCAAGAAUCAACUCCGGAAAAUGCAGAGAACGUUUGCGAUUUCCAUAUUAGCAAAGCAAAAUUAUAUGGAUCAAUCCUCGAAAGAAUUGACCAGAAAUCAGAACGCGUCGAGAUUCAAAACUUUGUAAGCUUCGGGUUCAAAAAUCUGAUAGGGUACCUUUUCUCGAACAACGAAGAAAUUCGAAAUAUUUCUUGUGAAUCGCUGAAAAUUUCCUGCUCGAAUCCAGAAAAUUUCAGUUUAAGCGAUGCCUUUACGCAAUUCAAGGAAAUAGUCUGCGAUACUUGGUCAGCCAUAGUCGGUUUAAAGUUCGAAGCUUUUUGCAAAAAAUCUUCGGUAAACAACAACAGUCCAGGAAGCGAUAUCCCAAACAUUGAAAACCUUCACCUAGAGUUUGUGGAGCAACUUGUUUUCUUAUGUCAAGCGUUUACAAUCGAGCCUUCCCCAACGAUUGUGCGAGAUAUCUCACCGCUGAUUCUGUCAAGUUUAUUUCUGCUAAACGGGAAGCUUGCACAAAUUUACUGCAAAGAAAUUGGAAGUCAGUUGAUGAAAGAAAACGUGGAUGACUUCAUUAGCGGUUUUUUGGUUCAAAUAGUAGCGUCUCUUCUUAGCCGAGGAGUAGAUGAACCGAAAAGUUACUUCGACUCUAACUUCCCGAAAGUUUGUGAAAACUGGAACGGUUUUUUACUAUCGAAGAUUGUUCCGAUUAGUUUUUCUUUGGCAAGUUUUGUUCAUGACUUCGAAGAACGAGUUUUGAAUUUCGGUUUGCCAUAUUUAGCCGAAAUUGAUUACAAUUUUCAAGACUCGUUUAAAAAACGAUCUAUUAAAGAGGACAAUUUUGAAAUUAGUAAACUUUAUUUAAGUUUCCGUCUGCUAGCGGUAAUGACAAAUUUCAAAAGCGUGUUGCUUUCGGGUUCUGCGGGAAAGGCGGCGAAAGUGCGACGACUGAAAAGCACCGUUAAAAUUAUCGAAGUCGUCAGUCAAGAUACAGUUUCGUUGAAUGACAAAAAGCUUCUAGAUGUCUUGAGAUUAAUCCCCAAGUUGAAAUUGGACAACUUCGAGAAAGUCUUAAUCGAGGCGUACGAGAAAUUUAUUGCCAAAUUGUACCAACCCAAUUUACAAUCAUUGGCACCGCAAAUAGCUUAUGAUGUUAAAAGUAUUCAGAGCUUAGCAUCGUUGGAGUUAAUAAAUAAACUUAAGCUAUCUUUUCAGGACGAUUUAACCUCUUUUUAUUUUUUGCCUUAUCGUCAAGACAACACUCAAAAUGAGAGGUUUUUGAAAAGUGUGUCAAAAAUUGACGAGGUCGUAGCUCACCUGGAAACAGUGGUUAAAGGGUUGAAGGAAGAGACAGUUGAAACAAAAUAUUUUGUUCUGCAAAACUUUCUGACUGUGUUGCAAAUGAAUCCUGAAGUCGGACAGUUUUUCGUAGAUGUUGAAACUCUUCAUGAAGGUCGAGAGUUGGUAGAGUUUAUUCGCAUUCUAAUCUUGCAAUUCAAUGUCGAUGAUCUAGAGGUACAAUUGUUGGUGUCACAAAUAUUGGGGUUUAUUGGAGCAAUUGAUGCCUCGAAAGUAGUGGAUCUGAGGUUUCUGGCAUCCAAAACUGGUUUCAAAACUGAAUGCUCAACCGAAACACUCGAUUUCAAGUUUCGACUUUUGACGAUUUUGGCCCAUAGCUUGUCGUCGUCGUGCAAUAGCGAACCGCGCAUGGUAGAUUGCUGCGCUUACUCGAUUCAAGAGCUGCUCAAAGUUUUCGAGUGUAAUCCAAACUUGAGUUCAUACACAGGUCAAAAACUAUGGAGCAAGUUUGACCAAGAAACCCAAGCGUUUCUCUCGCCUUACCUGAGGUCCAAAUAUUCCUAUAACUGCAGAUCGUUGUUGACUAGUUCGGAGGCAGUGAGGUUCUACAUGGAUGAAAAUGUUACCAGCUACAAACAGUGGAUUUGUAAGUUGGUAAAGUAUUUAGCCAGUUUUGUUUCUGACCCGAAGUCUUUUGCCAUUUUUACAGCCUGUGACGCCGUCUUUAAUUACAAUGUUGACGUGGCAGUUUUUCUGUUACCAGUAAUUGUGAUUCAACUAAUUUACGAGAACAAUGAUACUUGCAAGUCUUUGGUCAUUCAGGAGUUUCUGAAGGUGAUGCGUGAUUGUUGUUCCUCGAAGUGCCGACCGUUUGCGAAAGUGUGCUGUCAAACCGUUUUUCUUACAUUGGAAACAAUUUCUAAUUAUGAAGCAAGCUUGCGGAGCGAAAAAUUAUGGGAAAAUGCGAAACGGGUUGACUCUUCUAAUGAAAAAAGCACAGUUUUGGUGAAAUGUGAUAUGAUGAAAGAAUUUCUCUCUCAUAUAAUGUCAAACACAAUUUCGAAAGCAGCGUUUGCGUGCAAAGCCUAUGCUCGCGCCUUGUUUUACACUGAAGAUCAUUUGAGCAAACUUGAUGAUCCCGAUUCGGAAUUGAGCCUUAUGCAGAAAUGUUUCUUGGAACUAAACGAGCCUGACGGUGUUAAAGGGGUGAACGCAAUUCGCAAAAGGAAAUUGAACUCCAUCGAGAAAAUUUUGAAUUAUAAAAGCCAAAACCGCAUGAAUGAAGCGCUAGUUUGUUGUUCAACGGCUAUUUCACAGAAUCCAGCUUCAGUGGCCUUGAUAAAAGAGUAUUUAGGCUGUUUUUUGGCUAUUGGUCAGGCAGAUUCUGCAAAAUAUCAUGCCUGGGGUUACCUGUCUGAAAACGAUAGCUCAAGAUCGUCUAUAGAGCCGAUUUGCAUGGAGGCCUGCUGGCAGCUCUCUGAUUGGUCAAAAUUGACUCAACUUCUAGCCAAUCACAAUCAGGCGUUGACUGAUGAAUCUAGAAACGUCUGCAAAAAUGAUUUUCAAGUAGAUUUUAGCAGCUGCAUUUUGUCAUUAUCGGCGAAAAACUGGUCGAAGUUAGACUCAAGCUUAAAAGAUGCUAGAAAAACUCAAAUUAAUAGCGUAACAGCAGCAACUAUGGAUUUUUCAAAUGCAUACUUGAGAGCGUAUGAAUCAGUUGCGAAACUCCAAAUGAUUUCCAGUGUCGAAAUCGUCUCCCAGUUGCUGAAAAAUCAAUCCACUGAUAAUUUGGACUCAAUUCAAAUAUUAAAAACAUGUGAUCAUUUGGAAUCUAGGUUGAACAUUUUGCAACCCAGCUUUUCAAUUUUGGAACCGGAAAGACAACUGUACAGAUGUCUGUUGAACAUCAUCAAGGUCUCAAUCGAGAAAACGGAGCAAAAUGCUGACAAACUUCUGCAAAUCUUAGACGCGAGGAGUCGGAGUUCUUGGUUAGAAACCAGUAAAGCAGCCAGAGCAAUUGGAUAUUUCGACACUGCUCUGAAGGGUCUUGAAAACUCGCUUUCGGAGUAUGGAUCCAACGUCGAGAACAUUCUAGAACAUUCGUUGCUCUUGAAGAGCAAAGGGAACCAUUAUGAAGGUCUGAUGAUGUUGCAAAAAUUCUUGGACAACCAAAACUUGAAGGUAACAUCAGCCAAAAAAGUUGCUGACGAAAUUGAUCGAAAGCUGAUUGCUAGAAUUUAUCUCCAAAUUGGCAAAUUCAUGGAAGAGACGAGAUCAGUUGACAGUAAUAGUAUCAUCACUGUCUACAAAAACAGCAUUGAUAUUUGGCCGCAACAAGAUGACUCUUUUUACUGCUUGGGGUCUUACUAUGAGCAAGUUUUAGAACAGAGCUCAGCUAAAGUAGGACAUCAUCAAGACCAAGUUCUCCCAAAGAUCCACCAGUUUUAUGUCAAUUCCUUGACUUAUGGAAACAAAUAUAUUUUCCAAGCACUUCCGAGACUCUUGUCGAUAUGGCUGGACCAAGGUUCUAAACUGCAUACUGUGAUGCAAGACUUGGAGAAAUCGGCUUCCCAGGGAUCCGAGAAGGUCACCAGAGUAAAACUUCUCAAGGCAAACAUUGAUACUAUAAAUUCUGCUAUGUUAAAAGUAAUUCAUGAAGGUAGCAUUGCGCCUUACCAGCUGUUCACCGCUUUUAGUCAGCUAAUUUCGAGAAUUUGUCACCCCGUUGAGUCAGUGUUUGAGGUGUUGAAAAAAGUGUUGGUCAUGUUAAUCCGUGAAUACCCACAACAAGCUCUGUGGCUGAGUGUUGCUGUUCGAAACUCUUCGGUAGCAAUGCGAUCGGAAAGAUGUGCUCAGAUUUUUGAAGAAGCAAAACGCCAAGCUUCUUUUGCUAAAUUGUUCCAAGCGUCGACUGCCCUUACUAACCACUUGAAAGAGCUCUGCGAGAAGAACUCAAAUGCCGCACCUCCUGAUAUGUACUUUUCACUGAAAACAACUUGCUCAAAACUACAUAAACUGCUCAUUAGUAGCGAGUUCUCGGAAAUCAUAAUACCAAGAAUGGAUUCAUUAACAGCUUCUAUACCCGAAUCGAAGCAGGAUAAUUUUCAACCUUUUCGAAACGAUAGAGUUUUCAUCCACAGUUUCGAAGAUAGAGUAGACAUUCUUAUGUCAAUGCAAAGACCGAAAAAAUUCGUAGUGAUUGGAUCGGAUGGCAACACAUAUCCGAUGAUGGCUAAGCCGAAAGACGAUUUGAGAAAAGAUUAUAGAGUGUUAGAAUGCAACGUGAUUAUAAAUCAAUUUCUGCUAAGAGACGCAGAAGCGCGUAAGAGACAGUUGCAUAUUCGAACGUAUGCAGUUAUAGCCUUGGAUAAGGAAAACGGUUUAGUCGAGUGGAUUAAAAACACACAGGCUUUUAGGCCGAUUUGUUAUCGAAUUUACAAAGAAAGAAACAAGGGACUUACUCCGAGGGAAAUCAAGUCACUGCAGCCUGCGAGAAACGCAGCCUCAGAAGUAUUCUUGAAUCUUUACCGUAACACGUUGAUUCCGAAGCACAGUCCGCCGGUGUUGCGGGACUGGUUCACUCGUACGUUCACGGAUCCCACAGCUUGGUUUCUGGCCAGACUGGCUUUUUGCAGGACGGCAGCUGUAAUGUCUAUUGUUGGAUAUAUAUGGGGUCUAGGCGAUCGCCAUGGAGAGAAUAUCUUGUUUGAUGCUUUCAACGGAGAUUGUGUACACGUAGACUUCAACUGCCUCUUUAAUAAAGGGGAGGAGCUGGAAUUCCCGGAAGUGGUGCCAUUCAGACUCACUCACAACAUGCUUAGCGCGAUGGGACCCCUGAAACACGAGGGCUUCUUCAGACAGUCCUGUGAAGUUACUCUUCGUCUGUUCCGAGAGAAGUACGACGCCUUGUUGAGCAUCUUGCGGCCUUUUUUACAUGACCCAAUUACAGAAUUUGACAAGAAGCAACGUGGAAAAGACAGAAGCUCGAGUUCGGGAUCAAAUAAGAACGCCGAAGUCUAUUCGGCAAGCAUGAUUUCUGAGGUGAACCCAAAAGCUCAAGAAAUGAUAAACAGAAUUGGCGAGCGACUGCAAGGAAAAAUCCGAGUUAGAGGUACUAAGGACUACCGAAGCUUACCGUUAUCAGUUGAAGGUCAAAUAGAAAGUCUGAUUUCAGAAGCGAUUAGCGAUGAAAACUUGUGCAGAAUGUUCCUUGGCUGGGCUGCUUUUUACUGAAACUUGACCAAUAUUAUUUUAAGUUAUUGGAUUUGUUAGAUUUGUUUUUUUCGAAAAUGUUUAUUUAAUAUUUUUGUGUGUAAUUUUGUU